UUAGGUACUAUCCUAGGUAAAAUAUUAGAGCGCCUCCUUCAUCCUGAACUGCUCAAGAACAUUGAUAUUGAUGACGCGCAAUUUGGUUUCCGGACCGGUCUUUCGACGGAUGACGCUAUAUUUAGCCUCAAAAACACAAUCAGCCACUACACGUCUCGCAAAACAACGAUCUAUGCAUGUUUUUUAGACCUCAGCCGCGCAUUUGAUCUUGUCAAUUACGACAUCUUGUGGGCGAAGUUACGUGCUUCUCGAGUGCCUAAUAGAGUGAUUAAUUUGCUGAGGUACUGGUACGGAAACCAAAUAAACGUUGUGAAAUGGGGCGACGCAACCUCUAGCGAAUUUAGGCUAGAAUGUGGAGUUCGUCAAGGCGGGGUUACGUCUCCGGACCUGUUUAACCUGUAUGUGAAUGGCCUCAUUGAGGAGCUGAGAAGCACCAAGAUCGGCUGUCAUGUGGGAAAUGUUUGCGUGAAUAACCUGAGUUAUGCGGACGAUAUGGUGCUGCUCAGCCCCUCAAUCAAGGGUAUGAGGAGGCUUCUUUCGGUCUGUGAGCAUUAUGCUAAUGCACACGGCCUGAAAUAUAAUGUUUCCAAGACCGAGAUGAUGGUAUUCGCGUCGGGUUCUGGACCGGACAACGUACCUCCGGUGUAUCUGAACGGAGUGAAGAUCAAUGUUGUUGAGCGGUUCAAGUAUUUAGGACAUUUGUUGACGGAACGGCUGCAUGACGACGAAGAUAUCGAACGCGAGCGGAGGGCUCUUGCUGUCAGAGGUAACAUGCUCGCUAGACGCUUUUCUAAGUGUAGCAAAGAUGUAAAGACCACACUCUUUAAGGCGUACUGCUUAGGUAUGUACACCUCCCAGCUGUGGGUAACGUUUACAAAAAAGGCAAUGAGCCGAAUAAGAGUUCAGUAUAAUGACGCAUUCCGAGCUCUUAUGCGGCUGCCCAGAUGCUGCAGUGCGUCGAGCAUGUUCGCAGAUGCGGGAGUUCCCGACUUUUUCGCGAUAAUUAGAACCCGCGUUGCCUCCUUCUGGAGAAGACUGCGCCACUCUAGCAACAAAAUACUUGUGGUUGUCUCUGACGAUAUAAGAAGUCCGGUGUUUAAACACUGGAAUUCCAUUCACAUGGACCAGAACAAAAAAUGACACAGCACUGAUCUAGUGCUAUAUUAUUAUUAAUUUUAUUUUUUAAAUGAGUGGCACCCCUUUACAGUGUCAAGACACUUAAUUUGAUUCUUCUAUUAUAUUUAGUUUUAAGCUAGUUGUAACCU